UCAUUUCUAAAGCUCUCAAUCCUCCAAAAAUGGCAAACUCUUCUCCAUCCCGCCCCAUUUACAUUCCCAACCAAAUCUCUGAUCCAAACUAUAUUCGCAUUUUCGAUACAACCCUUCGUGAUGGUGAACAAGCUCCCGGUGCAGCCUUAAACGGCAAACAAAAGCUUGAUAUUGCCAAGAGCCUUGCGAAGCUGGGUGUUGAUAUAAUCGAAGCAGGGUUUCCUUCAUCUAGUAAAGAUGAUUUUGAAGCUGUGAGAAUAAUUGCAAAAGAAGUUGGGAAUUUGAUUGAUGAGAAUGGUUAUGUACCUGUUAUUUGUGGCAUGGCUAGGUGUACUCGUGCUGAUAUCGAUAUGGCUUGGGAAGCAUUAAAAUGGGCGAAACGGCCGAGGGUUUUAACGUUUAUAGCAACGAGUGAGAUACAUAUGAAGUAUAAACUGAGGAAGACGAAGGAGCAAGUGUUGCAGAUUGUGAGGGAGAUGGUUAGUUAUGCAAAAAGCUUGGGAUUUGUGGACAUUGAGUUUGGUGCUGAAGAUGCUGCCAGAUCCGAGAUGGAAUUUCUUUGUCAGGUUUUCUCAGAAUCUCUAAAGGGUGGGGCAACGACUUUAUGCGUUGCUGAUACAGUAGGAAAUCUCUUACCAACUGAAUUUGAAGAAUUUAUUGCUGCGGUUAAGGCCAACACUCCUGGAAUAGAUAAUGCCGUCAUUUCUGCACAUUGUCAUAAUGACCUAGGGCAAGCUUCUUCUAGUGCUAUAACGGGAGCAAUUGCAGGUGCAAGACAAUUAGAAGUAACUAUCAAUGGAGUUGGAGAAAGAGCUGGAAAUGCUUCCCUUGAAGAGGUUGUAAUGGCUCUGAAAUGCCGUGGGGAGAAGUUGGGAGGGCUUUAUACUGGGAUUAACACUAGGCACAUUGUUUCAACAAGCAAGAUGGUAGAAGAGUAUACUGGACUCAUGGUUCAACCACACAAAGCUAUUGUUGGAGCCAAUGCUUUUGUUCAUGAAAGUGGUAUCCAUCAGGAUGGAGUACUUAAACAUAGAAGUACAUAUGAGAUCCUUUCUCCUGAAGAUAUUGGAUUAGCUCGGUCAAGUGAACCUGCUUUUGUCCUUGGAAAACUUAGUGGACGCAAUGGUCUGAAAUCUCGCCUUUCUAAGCUUGGUUAUGAGUUAGAUAAUGAACUUGAUGACAUAUUUCAGCGUUUUAAAGCAGCUGCUGCUAAGAACAAGUAUCUCUCCGAUGAUGACAUAAAAGCAUUAGUGUCAAAUGAAAAUUUCCAGCCACAAGUUUGUUGGUCGCUUGGAGAUGUGCAAGUUACGUGUGGAAUUUCCGGUCUUUCUACUGCAACUGUUAAACUCAUUGGUGUUGAUGGAACAGAGCAUGUAGCAAGUUCAGUUGGAAAAGGCUUUAUUGAUGCAUCUUACAAGGCCAUUGAUCUCAUUGUCAAGUUACCAGUAACACUUGUUGAGUGCUCCACAAACUCGGUGUCAAAAGGCACUGAAGCAAUAGCAUCCACAAAAGUUGUAGUCCAAGAGGAGAAAAUCCACAAAUCUACACAAACAAGUAAUAAUGGAUUAAAUGCUCCCUGUACUUUCAGUGAAACUAGUGAAGGAACAGAUAUCAUAGCUUCUAGCAUUCUUGCCUAUUUGAGUGCGCUUAACAAGGUGAUGAGCUCUUCAGGUAUUCCAUGAGAUUGCUAGUAGACACAGAAACUCAAUUGUAUUCUUAUGGAGU